ACUACUCCAUACCUCUCAAGUUUAUUAUUCAGCAUGGAUGAUAAAUCUUCAAACCCAAAACUAUGUGCCACCCGUUAUAUAACAAAGUGAUUGCUUUGUAUUACAAGUCGACAUGAAGCAUCUACCCACGAGGAAAGUCCAAGAAGUACAAUACACACAUCAAGAUCAGAUCUUCCCAGUCCCAGUCAAUUCCAUUGAAACACCAACCAUCAACUACCGAAGAAGCAACAUCAUCACCACAUCAUCAUGACCACAGCGGAAAAGCGAAUUGCCAAAGGUGAAUGGGUUCUGGUCACAGGAUCCAACGGAUAUAUUGGUUCCCACAUCGUCGAUGUCCUGCUCCAGGAAGGGUACAACGUCCGUGGUAGCGUUCGUGCCGAGAAGCCUUGGCUCAACAAACUCUUUGACGAGCGCCAUGGCAAAGGCAGGUUCGAGACGGUGAUUGUACCCUCGCUGAGCUCCGAGUCUGCAUUCAAUGAGGCUGCAAAAGGUGUUUCAGGGAUCGUUCACGUGGCUUCAGAUGUAUCCUUCAGUACAGACGCAGAUAGUGUGAUAUCGGGUGUCGUAGCAGGUACACUUCUCGUCCUGAAGAGCGCUGCCAAAAAUCCCUCGGUCAAGAGCGUUGUCCUCACGUCUUCUUCUUCGGCGCUGUUGAUCCCUCAACCCAACACCGAAGUGGAGAUCGACGAAAAUACCUGGAAUGACUCGGCUGUCGAGGCAGCAUACAGCAAAGACACCCCCGAGGCUUUCAAGCCAUUGGUCGUCUACGCUGCGUCUAAAACUCAAGGCGAGCGCGAGGGUUGGAAAUGGUACAAUGAAAACAAGCCUCAUUAUACUUUCAACACCGUCUUGCCAAAUUUGAACAUGGGACCAAUUUUGGCUCCAGAAAUCGCCGGCAGCACCAUGAACUGGACUCGCAACCUCCUCAAGGGUGACGAAUUUUUCAAGGCAUUCCCUCCACAGUGGUUUGUGGAUGUCAGAGAUGAUGCACGUUUGCAUGUCGCGGCACUCCUAGACCCGAAAGUCAAGUCGCAGCGAAUCUUUGCUUUCGCCGAGCCAUACAACUACACCGACAUCAUUGCACUUUUGCACAAGAUGCGGCCCAACAACACCAAGCUCCCCGCGCCGGCCGAGAACGAAGGUCGCGACUUGACCAUCAUCAAGCCGAGGGAAAAGGCAGAGCAACUGCUCAAGAGCUUCUUCAAGGUUCCGGGUUGGGUGAAGUUGGAGGACAGUUUAGCUGCUGGGAUUGUCGGCUUUGAUGAAGAGUGAAGCGAGAGACACCAGAGACGGUGAUCCGGUAUGGUCUGUCCUCCUCAAAACCGAGGCACAUUCCGCCUCAAGGGAGUAAAACAUCAAUGAAACUUAUGUUCGAGGCUCGCGAAAUGCUUUGUAGCCGAGAUUGCAUCAUGGUAUCUAGACAGAAUGCUCGGUAAGGUAAAGGAGGAAACGUUCAGAGUCCUUGUUGCUCUUGCAUGUAAAUCUGCUUUUUUGGCCCCUUUGAGAAUGGAAUCAUCUUGCGCGCUCAAGCAUCAUAAUUUGUUGUCUAGUAGCGUUGAAAUACCUGAGUUUUGCAAAAUGGCCCCCAUUGAAAAUUACAUGGUCA